GAUAACGACAGCGUGAAAGGUGCGUUUUGAUGUUUGGCAUCCACGACAGCAUCCAGAGGAGUGGGAGUAGUAUGAAAGAAGAGCCCAUGGUGGCCGGGAUGAACGCGGUUCGGACAUGGAUGCAGGGCGCCGGAGUGCUGGACUCCAACACAGCCGCCCAGAGCGGAGUGGGUCUUGCUCGGGCACACUUCGAGAAACAGCCGCCCUCCAACCUCCGAAAGUCCAACUUCUUCCACUUCGUCCUGGCUUUGUACGACAGACAGGGUCAGCCGGUGGAAAUAGAGAGAACCACCUACAUUGACUUCGUAGAAAAGGAAAAGGAAACGACGGGGGAAAAGACCAACAAUGGGAUCCAUUAUAGACUUCAGCUCCUCUACAGUAACGGAAUCAGGACAGAGCAGGACCUGUAUGUCCGUCUCAUUGACUCUAUGACUAAACAGGCGAUUAUCUAUGAGGGCCAGGAUAAAAACCCAGAGAUGUGUCGGGUCCUGCUGACCCAUGAGAUCAUGUGCAGUCGAUGCUGUGAUAAGAAGAGUUGUGGCAACAGGAACGAGACCCCAUCCGACCCUGUCAUCAUCGACAGGUUCUUCCUCAAGUUCUUCCUGAAGUGCAACCAGAACUGCCUGAAGAAUGCAGGGAACCCUCGAGACAUGAGGCGUUUUCAGGUGGUUGUGUCGACUACGGUGAGCGUGGAGGGUCAUGUCCUGGCUGUCUCCGACAACAUGUUUGUGCACAACAACUCCAAACACGGGCGCCGAGCUCGGCGACUGGACCCGUCGGAAGGAACACCGUCCUACCUGGAACACGCAACCCCCAGCAUCAAAGCCAUCAGCCCCAGUGAAGGCUGGACCACAGGGGGCGCUACUGUCAUCAUCAUCGGGGACAACUUCUUUGACGGCCUGCAGGUCAUCUUUGGAACCAUGCUGGUCUGGAGUGAGCUGAUCACCCCCCACGCCAUUCGUGUGCAAACUCCACCCAGACACAUCCCCGGGGUGGUGGAGGUCACGCUGUCCUACAAAUCCAAACAGUUCUGCAAAGGCACACCUGGACGCUUCAUCUACACAGCGCUGAACGAGCCAACCAUAGACUACGGCUUCCAGAGGUUACAGAAGGUCAUCCCCAGACACCCCGGAGACCAAGAGAGAUUACCCAAGGAGGUGAUCUUAAAGAGAGCAGCAGACUUGGUGGAGGCCUUGUACGGGAUGCCUCACAAUAACCAGGAAAUGAUUCUGAAACGAGCAGCGGAUAUCGCAGAGGCCCUCUACACAACAGUGCCACGAGGGCACAACCAGCUAGCCGGCCUUGGCAGCGGCUCCGUCCAUUCUGGCAUGAUGUCCGUAAACUCCUUCACUGGGUCAGAGGUGGCACAAACGGCCAAUCAGGGUUUCAGUAGGAAUACGAGCAGUGUGUCCCCUCAUGGUUAUGUCCCCAGCUCAACUCCCCAGCAGAGUGGCUACAACUCUGUCUCCACUAGCAUGAACGGCUACGCUAACUCUGGCAUGGCAACCUUGGGCACCUCGCCCAACUUCCUCAAUGGAUCUGCAGGCAACUCGCCCUAUGCUAUCGUCCCUUCAAGCCCCACCAUGGCCUCGUCGACCAGCCUGCCCUCCAACUGCAGCAGCUCCUCCGGCAUCUUCUCCUUCUCCCCAGCCAACAUGGUGUCCGCCGCCGUCAAGCAGAAGAGCGCCUGCCCCGUCGUGCGACCCCAGAACUCCCCCCCGCCCACGUGCACCAGCGCUAAUAAUAACAGCCUGCAAGAUCAGUCUUUUGUGGACUCUAGCAAGUACUCAUCAAACAACUCUCUGCAGGGCCUGGCCUUCUCCUGAACGAUUCCCGGGAUGAUCGUUCCACCCAUGUAGAGGAUCUGGGAUAGCUGGAGAUUUGGGAAUGUUGAGAGGAAAAAGACACAGUAGCGGAGUCUGGCGAGUCUCUAUUGUGCUCCGGAGCUGAACUGAAGGAAGUCAAGAUAAGAUGCAGGACUCUGUUAAACUCAGGCCUUUCCAUUGGGAUUUCAUCUGAAGGGAUAGGGGGAGGAGAAAAAAAAAAGGAACAAUACGAACCUUUGUGAUGUUAUUUCCCUUCUUGGUUGAAUUAGUGUAGCUUCUCUGACACCGCGUUGGAUGGAGUGUAUAGAGACUGAUAGUUUACCCACAGUGUGACACUGACCUCAUGAAAAGAGCAUUUAUUUAUCUUUAUGUUUAUGCCUGUAAGGUUUGGGUUUGAUUACUGGAGGCCCCCACGCCGUCUUGCAAUCCAUAACUCACACAAACAACAGUGAAGUGUUGGUUUGGCCAUGAAAGUUUACGUAACCUCUGUCACAAUAGUGGAUGCUUUCCUUAGCUCAGCCUGCUCACUAAAACCACGUAACAACACACUGGCCAAAUGGAACUAAGGUCAACACCACAAAAAAACAAAGAAAUAGAGAAAAGAGCAAAGUAAACCCUCAACUUUCAGAAAACAUGCCUUUCUUUUUCCCCCCCUUGUUUGAUUUGUUUGUUUGAAUUUUAAUAAAACUGUGAGGAUUGAGCUGUUUGCAAUAUGCUUUUCUGCUUGUCAUGUGAAGAAAAGGUGAUGAUUUAGCCAAAAUUGACUUUUUGUCUGAGAUUUUAGCAGAGACUUGAAAAGCCAGAGGAUGUGUGCGUCCAGCCAGCACUGUACUGAAGGAGUCUAGCAAAUAUCAAAUUAGAAUAAAUGCGUGAUAUAUGUGAUAUAUUUUUGUACAUAAAAAAAGUUGAAUUUUUCAUUUGAUGUUUCUUUUCUUUUCGCGAUAGCUAUAGUUUGAACUGUAAACAUUAAAUGUCUUAAGGCAGCUUCUCAGUACAGAAGAUAGAUUUACUGUGUGUUGUUAAUAUCUCAUCUGCUAAACAUGGCAAACAUGGAUUUGGAUACAAAAAAGGGGAUUCUGUAAAAUAUCCUAUAAAUAAUGUAUUUAUCCCUUGUAUUUGUACAUUUCCUCUCACCCUCGUUUAGUUGUGUUGUGUAAGUUUAAUACAAUAAGUGAACAUAUUUCACAGUGUUUUGUUUCAUUAUUUACUGUUGUCUCCCACUAUUUAAAUGUGACUUUUUGUAUCUUUUUUUUUGUUUGUUUUGUAUGUUGAUUGUUUUGCAUUGGUAUACCAUGCUUUAAUUUGUUGAUUCAAAAACAUGCCAUUGUCUAUUUUUGUAUUAUUUGUAAGUUAAUAAAAAAAAGUUUUUUUUCCUUAUGAAAAUGUUUAUUGUAUGGCAAAAAAAGUAGCAUCUUAUUCAGAGUAUUUGGUUGAAGUAGAUUUUUUAAGAAUAUAUACACACAUUAAUAUAUACUGUAAAUCUAUAUCUUUUUUGUUCGAGCUCUGAGGCUUUCAGAUUGAUACUGUUCUUGAACUGAUAAUAUGCAUGGGUUCUUCUCUUGAGUGACACUUUCUUUUUUUUGUGUGUGGAAACCAAGAGAACUAAGAAAUUGCUCUGUGUUUUUCUUUCUUUGAGUUCCUCUUUUUUCCCCUCUGUUCUUUCUUUUCCUACGUUAUUUAUGCCUGCUUACAUACUGUAUCUAUAUACUCUUUCUUUUUUUCUGUCACUGUAAUCUUUACCAGCAGUCUAGAUGCCUUAACAAUGCAAACCCAUUCUUCAUUCAAUCACGUGUACAGUUUUCUACCCUCACCACAAUUGUCUAUUGCCACAGAGGAAUUCAUGGGAACUUGGGGACAAAGCACAAACCCACUGUGUUUGGUGGUGAAGCCAGACUAGAAUACAAAGAGCCAUAAUUCAACAAUCACACACACACCCCGAUGUACUAGAAUACUACAGCAUGGCACACUUUGAAGGACAGUCGACGCUGAGACGCCUGUCUCAGCUGUGCUCGUUGCACUUUAGUGUUCACAGAAACACUAGUUCUUUUUUCUUUUUUUUGUAGCGAUUAUGUAGCUUUUUUUCCGAUUAAUGAAAUAAUUGCAACCGCAUGUUGGUAAUAUUUCUCAUCAGCCACAGGAUCACAACAGUGUGACACCGCAGAGCUGUAUUCAUUGUAGUACAAAGGGGGGCGCACAGUGAAGACGAGCACUGUCACAGCACAAUUUUAAUCUCACACAUGGAGCCGUAGGUCUGACUCCAGCAUCUGACAGUCGAUCCCCCCGGUCCUUCUCUCCGUGUAUUAGCCUUUGGACAUCACAGCUUCAUUACAAGCUAAACACAAAAAGAACAAGUGAGGAAGCAUGAAAGGGAGCUCCUCGGCCUCUCAGCCAUUUCUGUAGUCUUUUCUUUGUGUCUGCCGUGUGUCUUCAAGCUGUUGCUGGACAGAGAAUAGGGCUUUUCUCUCUGCUUUUCUUUUCUAGAGCCUGGUUUUGUUAAGUGGGUAGAAAGGACCGUUUUAACAGAGGCGCCUGCUGACAGACGAGUGUUUUUCAGGCACUUGUGUGCCUGUGCUGGUCGGGGCCGGGGCGGGAGGGGCCGCUCCGUAUCUGUUUCAAAUGAACUACAGAGGUCUGUUGUCAUACAAUGGCUUCUUUGUAAGCAAAGUUCCAUCCUGAUUAUGAAUAUUGGUAAUGGGUGACAAAGUUUUGUAUUUAGGUAACAAACAACAAAAAAAAGAUGCAAACCAAAUAGCUGGUGUCUAUUUUUCCCUCUGUUUUCUCUCUGACUGCAAAUACACUGAACAGCUCUAUGAUAUAAGGGAAGAAAAAAAAAAUCUACUGUAUAGAUUGUUAUUGUUUUUGAUGAAAAUUGAGCUGUAAGAUAACUUUUGGACUCUCACAAUGUUGAA